GGUUCUGAGUCGCGCUGCAUCUAGCCACUACCAAUUAUGAGGGUAACCCGCGAAAUCAGAACAAAACAUUCAAAAGGAAAAACAAACAGGCAUUUUGCUGUAGGAAGAAAAGAAAAACCUUUCUCGGAUAGUUUAUGUCACAGAUAACAGCAAGUUUUCCUUUUUAACAUACAGUUUUUUCACGGGACAAGCAAAACCACGCUUCUUGAUGUUGGUCCAAUGAAAUGAGUUCAACAACACCUGAAAAAGAAAAAUACAUUCAACUUGAAAGUUCUCCAGAUGCAUUACAAAAUGAGAAGAAGGUUUGUGUUAAUUUAACACAAGAAUACUCACAGUAUGAUAAUAAUAUGACUCUUACUGGUAAUGAACAAGAAAUUGCUUAUAAAACAGAUUUAGAACCUAAUAAUGUGUAUGAUGGUGGUAAUAAGGAACAUACUCCAAUAAGCUCUAUUCAUGUUAAAGACAUUAAUGGAAUUCGUGAAAUGGAAAGAUUAAGAGAACAGUUGCAGUGUAUGUUAAAUCCUGUCCCAUUAUCUAAAGAGUAUUCUCCCAAUAUUUUAAACAUCUCAAGUACCUCUAGUAUUGACACCAUCGCUUUGCUGAGAAGCGCUUUGCCCGAAAGCUCUCCAGAGUUACAAAUGGAUGAAAAUGGAAUAUUAAUUUCGUCAGCGAACAGUAACAUGUUUAUGAAAGUCUCGCACCAUAUAUCUGUACUUGAUUCUUCGAUUGUAGCAGAAAAUACGAUAUUGAAAGAAAAUAUUGAAAAAGAACGCUUCAGAAGAAAACAUUGUGAAGAACAUAUUCAUGAGCUUCAAGAUAAAUUGUUGGAAUGUCAAGAGCAACUAGCCGUUGCUAUAUCAGCAGAAAAAAAGAAAGAAGUAAUGAUCAAUCAACUGGAUAAGACUCUAGCCGGUGUUGUUGAUGGAUGGAAACGACAAGAAAGUGUAAAAUUAAAUUUAAUUGCCAAAUUGAAUCAAGAAAGAAAUGACCUUCAAACAGCCCAAUGGACACAUGAACAAGUAUUGCAUACUUUCGAACAAGAUCUUUCAAAAGCAGUGCAAGCCUUUGAAAAAGAACAGGAGAAAAUACGCAAUAUGGAACUGGAGCAUAAAGCAUUUAGUGAUCACGCUGAACAAGAGAAGCUGUCAUUGAAAAAACAAAUCGAAGAACUGCAGAAUGCCAAUCUAACAAUGGAAAAAGAGAAAGGACAGAUUUUAAAAGCUAAACAAUCACUUAUGGGAAAAGAAUUUAUUCUUCAAGAAAAAAAUGAUUUAUUGAAAAUUCUCGAAAAGAACACUGCAGAAUUGAAGUUGGAAAAUAAACACCUUGAAGAUAAGAUGGCACAAGAAGAAAGGGAUUAUAAAGAUCGCAUCGUAGAUCUUAAGUCUUGUCUUGAGAAGGUGCAAAAGGAAAUUGAGGAAUUACAAAGUGCUCUGUCUGUGAAGGAACAAGAAAAUCAUCACCUCAUGAUAGAGUUACAUACAGUUCAAAAGGAAAAGAAAACACAAGCAAUGGAGUUGACGUUGCUUAAGUCCAAAUUCGACGCUUUAAAAACUACACAAGAUUCAGAAACUAGGUGGUAUUUAGAAAAAGAGUUCAACAUGCAGAUUUUCGAGAUCCAGAAGCAAAUAGCUUGCACUGAAAAUGAUCUUAGACAGGCUCAGAAGAAGAAGAUUAACGAGUUGUUGGAACAGCAUAGAAAGAACUUAGAAGAACAAAAACAUCGAUUCCAAUCGGAUAUCAAACGAAAAGAUGAGCUGUUGGUGCAGAAGCAAGUAGAAUACGAUAAUAUGUUAAAUCACGCCGAGAAUAGAAUUUCUGAGCUAACAACAGCUGAACGAUUGUGGCACUCUCAAAGAGGAGAACUGAUGAAUCGUAUUAAAUCAAUGGAACAACAAUGGAAGGAAACUAUAUCACUUUUAAACAAUAAAGAUAUACCCGCAUUGCAGCGUAAUUCAGAUCAAUUAUCAUCAACGCUUCAAAGCGAAUUGCUAUCUACCGAUCAUAUUCAACACCCCCCAAAACAUAUUCCUGAUUGGCACCAAUCGACACGGUCUAUCAAUGCUCGCGUUCACGAAAAUUAUUCACAAUUGGGGGCUUUUCAUGAUGAUCAUAUGUUUUUAAAAUCACUAAUGAUACCAUCUGAACAAAACACUUCUAUUCAGUCACAUUUUGAAAACUUACUUAAAUGUUUUAACAGUGACCCUGGUCGACACAUAGAUCGUGCUAAACUCCCUGCUCAAGAUCAGCUAAAGUCAAUUAGUGCUGUGUUGCCUGAAAACAAUUCUCAACAAAACAUACGGCAACCGAACAUUCGAGAUAGUGAGUCGUUCCCUACGCUACUCCAAUGUUCUGUAAACGACAUGCACAGUAAAAAUAAAUCGUUUCGUGACCCCCAAACUUACCACCAAGGUCAAUUCAAGCAUGUAUCUGAUCAAUUAACCGAUGACACACAUUUGAAGUCUGAUCGUUGCAUUGAUUGGUUGAAAAAGGCACCUCCAAAUAACCCGUAUGUUUCGCAUAGACGGCCACAGGCAAAGGUGCCUUCAAAGAAUAGAUUUUCAGAACAAAAAUUAGCACAAAAUAUUCAGGCAGAACAUCCAAUAUCUCUUCUCUAUCAAGACCUGGAUGAUUCUCAAGCAACAGGUCAAACUGCUGUACAACACAAAAUUGAGCAACAAGCUGAAAAGCAAACAAGACUUACGCAUUUCAUCGAAAAGCUUUUGCAACGCUCUCCAGGACAGCCUUUGGAAGAUAAUAAACUCAUCCGAACUUCUUUUCAACAUGUAAUACCUGAGGAUGUAGAUCAUCUGUCAUUGCGUAAUCAAAACGCCUUUCAAAAGACAGUUGUAAAAGAUUUGUUUGAUUCAUCGACGAAUGAAGUUCGUUCAAACCCUCAACGACUGAAUAGCGAUCAGACAGCACAGUUGAAACCUCUGCUAAAGCAAGAACGUGGCGUUGAUACAGAACAUGUGUUAUCUUUGCUUAAACACAAUUAUUCCAAGACUGAACAAAGUUGUCCUGUAUCACUUGAGAAACUGGAAAAGGUUUACGGCGGACACUGCAGAAAGUCAACAAAAAGUUCCGAAGCCAAACAGGUUCGUAAAAAAAGUUUUAAAAGUCCAAAAUUGAACAAAAACGUGGCAAGCAAAGAAUAUCGUCGUGUUUCGAAAGCUCAACAACAAAGUGUUGCAUCAACGUCAAGUAAUGCGUGGAAAUAACUGUGAUGAUGUAAAUUUUAGGACGCCAAAUGUUUUCUUAUCAUAAAAUCAAAAUUAUA